AUGGCUUUAAUAGACGGAGCUCAAACUAUGGCUGGCCCAGAAAAAAGCAAAGAAGCUGCAAAAAGUGAUCCUAUGUCUCCUACAGAUCUUGCCAAAUUCACUCGCCAAAUAUUAGAUGAUACGUUUUAUAACAUAAUUCAUGAUAUUGUGGCAAAGGUGCACAAGGAAGAAAAGGUUGCUCGUCAGCAGUCAGCAGUUGUCACUGCAAGACAGCUAGCCGAAGAAUCAACCAAGGUCAAAGACUCUGGCGAAGAGGCGAAUGGCGCUGCUGAUGCUGGCACAUCAGCCUCACACGAGCACAUAGUAAAAAGCAGAGGAGUUCGACUAGAGACCGACAGCGCCAUUUUCGACAGUGGAAAGGUUUACCUAAAGGGUAACCCCUUAGAAACAGUCAAGGAGAUAAUAUGUCCAAAUUGCCGUCUCCCCCGCCUGCUAUAUCCAGCAUACGGUGAAGGGUCACGCCCAGUGGAUGCAAGCCGAGAAUACUGUCGCAAACAACCCCCUGUUAACCUUCAUGGAAGGGACGUCCACGGCCACCAUUUCGCCGUAGAGAAAAUCACAAAGAAGAAGAAAACUCAGCCUGCAGCAGGCACGCCAGGCUCGAGUCCACCAUCUAUUCCCGAGACUCCUGGCCCCAACCCUCUUCUUCAGCCAAAACCAGACAAGGUUUAUGUUCCUACAACCAAAUGCCCCAACUGCCCACGGUACUUCCUUCUUACUAAGAGUGCCCAGCACCUUGACAGAUGUUUGGGUAUCUCAACCCGACAGAGCCGAAUUCGUACUCCCCUCGCCAACAGCGAAGCUGGUACACCUGGGCCAUCACAGCCUGCGAACGCACGAAAACGUGUACGUGAAGGCGAAGAAGAAGGUGCUGCCGGUCCAGUUAAGAAAAAGAAAGAUUUCGGCCUGGCAACGAAACUGAAGAGUCAAAAGCCUGCGGCACCUAGCAAACUGAAGAACGGAACUACUGCAGAUACGAUCUCAGUAGAAGCUUCAAAACCUCCUGCAAAUGGGAAAGCCGGGAAACAAAAAGCAUAA